CGCUGAAUCUAAUGUAUCGAUCGAUCAAUCGAUCGGUAGCUUUAUAAGAGAAACUUCCAACACCAGCAGAGCAACAGUCAACCAUGAAGACCCAAGUCCUUGCUAGUUUGCUGCUCCUCUGCGGUGCCAGCGGUUUCUCGCUGUUUCCGAUUCUCGAUGAAAAUAUGGAUACUGUCGUGGAUAUGGAGUCAUCGCUUACAAACCCCCAGACAUAUCUAAGUAUGUACGACGAUUUUGGGAAUAUUGUUAAGAUCGAUAUGGACCUCGAUGAUCCCGAGACGUUAGAAGAAACUAAAAAGGACUUGCGCAAACGCGUCAGCUUCUACCUGUACACAAAAGCAACUCCAAAGAAUCCUGAAAAGUUGUACGUGGAUGACGUCAAUACUCUGAAGAAAAGCCACUUCAAUCCGAAGAAACAGACCGUAAUGGUCACGCACGGGUGGAUGAACUCCUACAAGAGUCAGGCUUGUACCAAGAUUCGCGAUGCUUAUCUUCAAAAGGGCGACUACAACGUCAUCGCGGUUGACUGGGCGUCGAUAUCAGUCAGGCCGUAUCUUUGGUGCAGUAGGCGAGUCGCGAUGGUCGGCGAGUACGUCGCAAAAUUCAACAACUUCCUCGAGAAACAAAAAGUGAAUAUAUCUCAGCUGACCAUAAUUGGCCACUCUCUCGGCGCUCACAUUGCCGGAUUGUCAUCCUAUUACUCGAAAACCAAAGCGAAAUACAUCGUCGGCUUGGAUCCAGCACUUCCAAACUUCAAUUUGGCUGGCGAAGGUGCUAGAAUUUCCCAGGUGGACGGCAAAUACGUCAUGAUCAUCCACACGAACGGUGAUUUGCUCGGUUUCAGCAAGUCUCUAGGUGACAUCGACUUCUAUCCAAACGGUGGCAAAUUUCAAGUAGGCUGCGCGGUUGAUGUGGCUGGCGCCUGUUCGCAUAUGCGCGCCGUUCAUUACUUCGCUGAGUCUAUCAACAGCCAGAAAGGUUUCUGGGGAGUGCGAUGCACCGACUACAAUAGUUUCCAACAAGGUAUCUGCAAGAAGCAACCCGCUGCUCUCAUGGGCGGCCAUGAGCCGGACGUCACCGCCAAAGGUAUCCACUACUUGCGCACGUCCAAGGAGGCUCCGUUUGCGUUGGGUCAAACAAUAGGAAAUUAUGGACAAUUGUUAUCUAAAAACUAUAUAAGGAAACCUCCAACGCGUAUAAUCUUGCAGUCUAGAUCAAACAUGAAGAUACACAUCUUGAGUAGUCUCUUGGUCGUUUUCAGCAUCAGCGGUGUCACGCUGGGCCUGGAUCUCCAAUCAGGUUUAGAUGCAAUCCAAAAUGUUCCCUUAAACAUUAUCGAACCCAGCAACGAAUCCCUAUCGGACACUCAAAAAGACUUGCCCAAACGAGUCUUCUUCUACCUGCACACGAGAGACACUCAAAACAAACCUGAGAUGUUGUACGUGGAUGACCGAAACACUUUGAAACAGAGCCGCUUCGAUCCGAAGAAAAAGACUGUAUUCAUCACACAUGGCUGGACAACCUCUUCCUCCAGUCCAUCUUGCGUUAAGGUUCGAGAAGAAUACCAUAAACAUGGCGACUACAACGUCAUCGUGGUGGACUGGUCCAAAAUAUCGGAGAUGUCUUAUUUAGCAGCCGUUAAGCGAACUCAAAUGGUAGGCAAAUAUAUGGCAGACAUGAUCGAUUUCUUAAAUACAGAAGAAGAAUUACCUGAAUUGAUUUUGAUCGGCCACUCCCUUGGCGCUCAAGUUGUUGGAUUGGCAGGCUAUAACGCGAAAAGCGAAGUGGAUUAUGUUGUUGGAUUGGAUCCAGCAUACCCACUGUUCACUUUCGCGAGUCCGAGCAACAGACUCUCCACCAAGUCUGCGAAAUUCGUGCUGGCUAUCCACACGAACGCAGGCCUCGAAGGUUUUCUCACACCCGUUGCUCACUGUGACAUUUACGCGAAUGAUGGAAUCACGCAGCCAGGCUGUGGGACUAAUGUCUCGUGUUCGCACGGACGCGCGUAUGAGUACUUCGCAGAGUCCAUCAACAGUGAGGUAGGCUUCUGGGCGAGGCAGUGCGACAACAUCUUAGAAUUCAAGACCGGUUUGUGCAACCUGCAUCCCCUAGUUCGCGUGGCCGGCGCUGAACCGGAUGUUAACAUCAAAGGAGUAUACUACUUGAAGACACGCAGCAGUCCUCCAUAUGCUCUUGGACGUAACAAUUAUUUAAUUCUGUUUACAGAAUUCUCGCUGGCCGGUAUUCUCGAAAUGGGGAUAGGUGGUGUUGUGGUGGGGAUACAGGAAGCUGUAAUAGAUUGGUACGUUAAUCUGCCAGCUUAUCCAAUAUUAGAUAAAGAAGCUUUUCUGAAACACGAUGACUACAAUGUCAUCCUGAUGGAUUGGGAGAAAAUUGAAUACAAUGUAUAUUCUUAUACCUAUCGUUGCGUUCCGAUGGUCUCCGAACUUCUCGCCCAACUGAUCGAUUGUCUCGUGGACUAUGGUAUGAACCCAUCCCAGCUGCACUUAAUUGGCCACUCUCUCGGCGCUCAUGUUGCCGGAUUGGGAGCACGUCGCUGCAAAAUCAAGGUGCCUCGCAUCAUGGCUCUAGAUCCAGCUUAUCCAGGAUUUAAGAAUGCGAGUUCAGACACGAGGCUCACCAAGGGAGAUGCUGCGAACGUCGAUUCAAUCAACAAUAAGAAAGGCUACUGGUCGCGGAAGUGCGACAACUACGACGAUUACCAAAGUGGCAAAUGCCAUUCGAAUCCAGCUGCGCUUAUGGGCACCGCCGAACCGGAUAUGAACAUUACAGGUGUAUACUUCUUCGAUACUACUGAAUCAUAUCCUAGAGUGUUAGAUCGGGUCUGUGGAAGGGAUAUUGUUAUUAUAAACGAACAACGACUGCUUACCAGCAGCAAAGUGGUAAAAAUCAUGAACGCACGCGCCUUACGAAGUUCCCUGUUCAUUUGUUUUAUCGUCGGUUUCUCCAGGGCCCAGAUUCUACCAGAAAUAUUGCAUGGGAUCGAGGAUUUAGCAUCCACAUUCACGGAGUCGGUCGCAAACGUGACAUUGCGGGACGAUGACGGUAAUCCUGUUUUGUUAGAUCUUAAUUUGGGUUACCCUGAAACAUUGUCGGAAACUGAACGGGACUUGCCAAACCGUGUGUUCUUCUACCUGUACACGAGGAAUAACAAGAAUGAUUCUCAGCAGUUGUACCCCAAUGACACAACCUCUUUAGAAAACAGCAAUUUCGAUCCGACAAAAGAAACAAUAUUCAUUAUACACGGAUGGAUGUCCUCUGGCCAUGGCCCCAUGGUUAACACUGUUCGGGAAGCUUUCAUGAAACAUGGUGACUACAACAUAAUCGUUGUCGACUGGUCAAAAAUAGCGUCGAAGCCGUAUAUUUGGAGCAGUGAUCGAGCAGUGAUGAUCAGUCGUUAUGAUGCCUCCAUGAUCAACCUUCUUCGGGUAAAAGAAAUGAAUAUGUCUCGGUUGAUCAUUGUGGGUCACUCCCUUGGCGCUCACAUUGCCGGAUUGUCAUCCUAUUAUGCCACAACCAAAGCGCAUUUCGUCGUCGGUUUGGAUCCAGCGCUUCCAUACUUCGAGACUGCUAAGGAAGGUUAUAGUUUAACUCGUAACGAUGGGAAAUAUGUUAUGAUUAUCCACACGAGCUUGAUCGGUUAUCAAAAUGCGCAUGGCUACAGUGACUUCUAUCCGAACGGUGGUAAAUCGCAACCAGGCUGUUUAGCCGAUAUCGCGUGUUCGCAUUUACGUGCGUUUUACUACUUCGCGGAGUCGAUCAACACUAAGAAGGGCUUCUGGUCAAAGAAAUGCAGUUACGAGUUGGAAUUCCAGUUAGGCUUAUGCAACUCAAAUGCCAAUGCCCUUAUGGGAGGCGCCGAACCCGAUUUCAGUGUCGAAGGUACAUACUACUUGGAGACGGCCAGCGAAGCUCCGUAUGCGUUAGGACAUCAGUAAACUUAAUUUCUUAGUUGUAUUUCCAAAUACAUUUUGACGGAAGUAUGGCUGCCGAUGAAAUUUCGAAUUACUUUUACACAAAUUACUAGCAUCUCAACUGCACGAGGAAUUGUCAAACGCUUGCAUUAUUCUUUAAAAAAUGAUGGUUACGAGAACC